CAAGAAAUUCAAUGUGAAAAUGAAAAGCAAAUGUGGUCUGCGGUUCCUACUGGUGGCAGUGUUACUGAGUGCAUUUAGUAUUUGGUUUCUGCCGGUUAAUUCAGCUACUACGGAUAUAUUUUUAUUACUUGCUGGUAGAACAUCCAUCAGAACAAAGACUGUGACUGAAUCCUACGAGGACAGUACAUAUGCAACACAUGAUGUCAAUACCAGAGAUCUGGAUACAAACAUUACAGUCGCAGUAACAUUACUGGCUAAGCCAGAGGAAGUCACAGACAUUCAAGGAAGCUCUUACAAUUCAACACUGAGUGAUAAAGAUACUCAAUCUGCAUUUAUCCCAAGUAAAGAUACAUCACCAACUCGAAACAGCCUAUACGCUUUACUGGAGUUUACAACAUUCAAUCCUGUAACAGAGUCUAACACCGACAAACAAAGCUUUACAGUGCCAGACCUCAACACACAAGAUACCAAUUCAUCUGGGAUUGUUACUCCUGAACCAUCACUGGCUCCAGAAUUCUCAACUGCAGGAAUGGGGGACAACCAAACUGCCUGUAUACGCAGCACAGGUAUAACAGAAGCCGAAGUUUUAGCUAUUGUCGUUGGAGCUGUAUUCAUGACCAUUUUACUAAGUGCUUUGCUCUACCAGCUCGCUGUUUACAUGAAGAAGAAAAAAACAAAGAGGCCAAGCUCAGUUUACAUCAUUGAAAAUGAACUGCACAAGUAUGACAUGGAAGCAAAUGGUGACACAAGGCUGUAGGUCACAGGGACACGAGACUAGUACACUUUUUAGGGACAAAGGAAAAUAAAUGUGUAGAAUAUUGAAUCAGGCUACAGCUCAAGGACCCAAUGAAAGGUUUGAAGGUUCAUAACAG